GGUAUAAAUCCAUAACCUUAGCAAUUGCGAUCCUUUUCAAUAUGCAAAAGUUUUCCUCUGGACUUCGUGGGUUUGGCAGUGCAUUAGCAGUCUCUGAGGUGAAAAGCCGGAGGGUUUUGAGCAGAACAGAGUCCGAAUUCAAUAAAAGUGUGUUGUCUUCUGGGUAAAAAAGGGCUUGAAUGGAGGGCAGAGUACUAAAAAUAGCACAGAAUCUCAAAUGGGUAUCUUAUUCUUGCCACUUUUAGUUGGGUUUCUCUCGCUUUAUCUUUCUUUCGGAGGUGGGUUCUGCUAGCUCUGACUAGGGUUUUGAAUGGAGUAUUUAUAGUACUGAAAUCAAUGCUUUUUGUUUAGUUAAUUGGCUGCUUUUUCUUGAGACUUUCUCAAAGCUCUUCUUUGAACGUCCUUUUUCUGAGUUGAAUUUGCACUGUUGAGCGGCCUUCAUUUAUACAAUUUUGGUAUUUCACGCUAGUUUAGCAGCGUUGGAAAUGGUGGCAAUUAUCAUUGUUUGGUCUCUGUUUCAUGUUUUACUCUCUGGGUGCGUUUUGAUUUAGUUUGUUUGCGAAACCUGUUAAUUGAUGUGGGUGUUUCUUAUUUACGAAAGAGAGCUGAGUCCCUUGUUAGUGCCAUCAUUGGCUUCAACUACUUGAACUAUUUCAUUCUUUGUUUGGUUUGAUAAAAAUACUUUCGAAGUAUUAUUGGGUAUCUUGUGAUCAGAGUCUCAGAGGUAGCUGAAGCUUGUUUAUGAAGUUGUGGUGAAGCAUCUAGUUGGACACUUGAGUGUUCUCUUUUUCUUCACCCUUAAUUUCUGUCUCAAUUUAGGUGUUUUAGGUGUUUUUUUUUUGGAUUUUUUAAGGGAUGUUCUACUCUGAUCGUUCAAUUCCAUUUACCAUGGCCGUGUAGAAAAAUUUUCUAUCUGAUUGUUCGAUAGAAUCCUGAGAGAAGGUACUGGAUUAUUGGCUUAUUUUGACAUUGCUGCCAAAGAAAGAUGGAUGUGAGUGAUAAGGAUAAUUUGGGGCCGGAGAAGAGGAAUGAUUAUCCAGCAAACUAUCAGUCACCUAAUUUGCCCUCUGACUGGCAAUUCAAUGGUGCUAAUCUUUUAAAUACAUCCAUGGGUUUAGUUCCUGCUGAUAAUCCCAUGUCAGUAUGCGCAGAAAAUCUUAUUGGACCUUCCUGUUCCUCUGCUGCAGUGCCAGAUUCAUUUAGGCAAACCCUUUGGGAGCAUCCCACCUUCUCACAAAAUCUGGGAUUCUGUGACAUUAACGUCCAAGUCAAUGCAAACCAGUCAAAUACAAUGGGAACUAGAAAAGAAGGUCCUGCCAUUUUUAGAAGUGGUGCUGAUGGAACAAUAGAUAUGAAUUGGGACCAGCCAAGUUCAAUGCUGAGAGGGGGCACUUUCCUACCAAAUGCUCCUGGAAUGCUCCUGCAAAGCUUGUCACAGUUUCCUGCUGAUUCUGCAUUUAUUGAGCGUGCUGCCAAGUUUUCAUGUUUCAAUGGUGGGAAUUUUAGUGAUAUGGUGAACCCUUUUGGCAUUCCAAAUUCUAUGGGUGUCUAUUCUCGGGGAGGGUGUUUGAUGCAAGGACCACUAGAUGUUUUCUCAGGUGGGGGGUUCAAAUCAGUAUCUUCUAUUGAUCCUCAGAAGGAUGAGCCAAAUGCGAGUGAAGCUCUCAAGGGCACUUCUUUAUCUGUCAACCACGGUACUACUGUGGGGAGUCCACUCAAGAAUGAUAGGCAAAGUGAAAGCCUAGUUAGAUCCCAUGACGAAGUAAAACAAGGUGUUGCUGGGUCAGGUAAUGGUUCUGAUGAAGCUGAAUUCAGUGGUGAACGUGGUCAAGAGGAGCCAACAAUGUUGGAGGGUGCAGCUGGAGAAGCCUCUGCCAAGGGAAUCAAUGCAAGGAAGAGGAAAAGAAGUUGGCAGGAUAUGGAACUUGAACAAGCCAGAGGAGUCCAACAAAAUCUUGAAACAGCGAAGGGUGACUCCGAAAUUCAACAGAAGGAAGACCAAAAUCCUACUCUAACUAGCUGUAAGACUGCCGGAAAAAAUGGUAAACAGGGAUCUCAAGCCUCAGAUCCACCUAAAGAGGACUAUAUUCAUAUCAGAGCUCGAAGAGGCCAAGCAACGAAUAGCCACAGCCUUGCUGAAAGAGUAAGAAGGGAAAAGAUAAGUGAGAGGAUGAAAUUUCUUCAAGACCUUGUACCUGGUUGCAGCAAGGUCACUGGCAAGGCAGUGAUGCUGGAUGAAAUUAUUAACUAUGUGCAAUCACUGCAGAGGCAAGUUGAGUUUUUGUCAAUGAAACUUGCAACUGUGAAUCCAAGACUGGACUUCAAUGUAGAAGGGCUUCUAGCCAAGGAUAUCCUUCAGUCACGACCUGGUCCUUCUUUGACUUUACGGUGUCCUCUAGAUAUGCAAAUGUCUUAUUCUCCUCUACAUCCAUCUCAACCGGGGCUUAUUCAAUCAGCUCUCCAUGGCAUAGGGAGUCCUUCUGACUUACUGAGGAGAGCCAUCAAUUCCCAUUCGACAUCCAUGACUGGAGCACUCAAGGAUUCCACUCAGCUAUCCAAUGUAUGGGAUGACGAGCUCCACAAUGUUAUCCAGAUGGGCCUGGUAGCCAGUGCUCCUUCAGAUAGUCAAGAUGUAAAUGGAGAUUUAUCAUCAUCUAGCCAUAUAAAAGUUGAACUAUGAUAGUUCCUUUUGCUCUCAAUCCGAUACAGCAUCGUUGCAGCUACCGUCAUGCAGCCUACUAUCAUAUUCAUGACGUUCUCUCUUUCGGUUCUUGGGGCUACAACCAUAUAUACAUGUCCAUCUUCAUGCGUUAAGCACUAAUUGUAAAGAGCCAGUUUUAACAGUUUGGGGUUUUUAAAAUACCCCAAGCUAACUUUCUGAGUAUCAAGGAUUCAGCGAAUGCCCAAGACAGAAAAUCGCGUCUACUGAUGAUUCUCAGAUACUUGAGUAUUGAAGACUGAAGUCCUCGUGGUAAGAGAUUUCUCCCUGAUUCUGGAGCUGGAAUGUGUAGAGUAGGAUGCAUUAAGAUCACACAUGACAGGAGAUCAUAUAUCGACGGGGCAUGUAAUUUACACAGAGGUCGACGGGAACCAUCACAGUGGUUUUGUAAUGAUUAUUUACUGAUGGCUGAUGCUUUGGUGCCUGAUACCUCUCCUAUAAAACUGGUGUCACAAAAUUGUUAUUAAUGUAUAACUUGUCUUAACCUCUGA